CAAACGCAGAACAUCACAAAGCUAAAUCCUAUGUUACGGUGAGAUUCGAACCCGCUACCUUCACCCCACAGAGUGUUUGGCGGAACGGUGAGAUUGCUCGACCAGGGAGGUAUCCUAUUCCUGCUUAUUGUCAAUUAGUUUAAGCUCAGACUGUUAAACUUGAAAAGUUACGAUUUCGAGUCAUGAUUUUAAUAUUUACGAAUUUGACAGCACACACUUUGUAUUUUCAAUCUUUCACUGGAUUUUGUUCACAGCGAGGUUGACGAAAAUUAAAUUUUUAAGGACGUAUAACAUUUUGCUGAUCCCAUGUUGCUGAACUAAAUGUAAUAGGUUUUAACAAAUAUUUUUAUAUACAUAAAAAAAACUGACAUGUCCGUUAUGAGGAACAAAGAUAUUGUGGAAAUUGCUCUAAAGAUAUGUUGCGACAAUGAAUUCAAAAUCGAAAUUUUUUCAACGGCAUAUUCAGACCAUAUAAAGCCCAUAGACUGUAAGGAAGAAUGGGAUGAAAUGGUUGAAAACAGAGCAUUAAACUUUUUAAGAGCAUACAACGUGGAAGAGAAUCAGCAAGAAUCAGUAAUUGGUGCUGUGUUUUCCAUCGCUCUGAGAAUGCUGGUAUGGAUUGAAUAUCAUGUUGGAACUUUCAAUUUUCCUCGGGAGUUUUGUGUUGAAUUCUUAGAACCUUCCUUGUUUACACCAGAAGGAAUAAUCGAUUCUCAAAAAGUAGCAACAAAUAUAACCGAGAUAACAUUUAGUAACUUGCAAGACUUUCAAUUAGCCAGUUAUUAUUGCCAGAUGGAACGUAUUCCAGAAUUGUUCCAAAAUUUGUCGGAAAAAGACAAAAAAUUAGUUUACGAUGCAAAUAAUCCUCACCUUAUUUUUCAACCAGAUAUAAUAAAAUUUUGGUCCUACUAUUACAUGGGAGAUAUUGAUAAAUUACAAGAAGAAGACGUUAAAAUUGAUCAGUAUAGACUUAAAACAGCUAUUGCAAGUGGUUCGCAAGUAGCAGUAGAGUAUUGCUUGAGAAUUAUGAGCUUAAAAACGAAACAAAGCAAUUUAGUAGAUACUGCCGUUAGCAUAAUUACACUCAGGAUGCAAAGAGAGCUAAAAGCUAAAGAACCAAAUUCUAACUUUGUCAAUGAUUCUGUUGUUUUCCGGAGUCGAAACUAUAGCUGUAAAACAGAUUUAUGGACACCAGAUUAUUUUUUAUCCGAUAUAUUUCAUUCCCUACUAUCUAGGAUGUCUGUUUCAGAGAAGUUCGAUAUGCUUAGAAAACUCUUCAUUACCAUUAAAUUUGACACUUUAAAUUUAAAGAAUAAAUACAUCAAAGUUCUUGAUCUCUUUUUAUGUUGGCCUUAUCAAGACCAGUUUCUGGAAUUAAUGAAAUUGUCCUGGAAACAUUUACCGAAGAGAGCUUUCGGUGGUCUUCUUUUAGAAAUUGUAAACAGAAUUGCCCCUGAAAUGGGUUAUUUCUGGUAUGGCGAAGGCAAAAUUUGCAAUUAUAGAAAGCUGUUGAUGGAUAUCUGGACAGCAAGUCCAGCAAGUUUUAAAAGAUAUGUAUUCAGUGAUAAAAAACGUUCAUUUCAAAAUAAGGACGAUCCUCAAGGGAAUGUAAUAAUAAAAGAAGGAAAAGAAUUACUUUUAAGAAUGUUCCAUCUGAACAAUUUUUCUGAAUCUGAUAGAAGAACCGCUAUGUCUAUAAUCGAAUCUGCAAUACAAGAUGAAAGAAGGGAUUUCUUACUAUCAUCAGAAGGAGCUAUGGUUUGUGUAAGGCUUAUCGAAUCGGGAAUGCUCGAUUUCUUCGAAGAAUUAAUAUCUAUUUGUUUAAAAUCUUCUGAAAGUGUCCGAAAAUUCAGAAAGAAAUUCUGUUUCUUGAAAGCAAAAUAUGAUUUCUUAGAAUUUGUUAAAGACGAAAAAUGGAACGAAGCUGAAGAAACUUUGAAAUGGGGCGAAUUAACGGAAGAGGAAACGAUAGCUCUUAAAAAGGAAAUGAUUUUCUGCAAAGAUGGAAAGCAAACUUGCAGGGAACUUUGCCUGACAAAAUCAAGCGCGGCGGAUUACUUUGUCCAUUGGUGCUUGCCUUCUGCUGAUUCUAUUAAGAAAUUUAAACAAUCAUUGCUUUAUGAUGAAGAAGGAAUGCGCAUGUGUCAAAAUUUUUUAAAUAAUGAUGUAACCGCACUUGCUGACAAACUCAUAAAUUGGUGCCUUUCAUCUCAAGAUGAUAUAAACGAGUUUAAAAUGUCUUUCGCGCUCAAAACUAAGAUUUCUUUGAAUUCCAAUUUAGAAGGAAUGGGUAAAUGGAGUGUAAAGGACUUUCCGAACCGAAUUAUUGAUUGGAAAUCUCUGAAAACACUCUUGCUGUGGUGCUUUAAGUCAGAAUCUGAUGAAAACUGUUUUAAACGAAAGCUUCUCGAAAAUUCAAGAGAAAAUAUUAUUUUGAAAUGCAUUGAAUUGGAUAGGUGGGACGUUGCUGAUCUGUUCAUUUCUUGGUUAGACUUGUCAACAGAUGAAGAGAAAAGAAUGAAAAAAUAACUAUUUUUCGAAAGCUCUUCUAUAAACGACUUUUUUGAUGAUGUUAUGGCAAGUAAUGAGAACGAUCGAAAGUUUGGUAAUAGUGGAGGUAAACAACAAGCAAUCGAACGCUUUUUAAAGUGGUUUUUAGUGGAUAAAGAAAGUAUUAAAGAAUUUAUGAGCAGGUUUAAGUGUUAUAAAACAGAUAUUGAUAUACAAAGUAUAAUUAAAAAGCUAACUCAAGCUAGCUUAUAAAAAUGCAAAUUCAUCAAAAACCAUACUAUAGCGUCGUUUUUAUACGUAGGAAUAUUACAAUACAACAUUUCGUUUUUUAAGACCCUUAUUUUACCCUUUAAAAAGUGAUUUCUUUUAUAAUGAUUGUAUUGGACUUUUAACUGCAUUAUAAUUAUUUAAACUAACUGUAGUAAGACAUUUAAUAAAGUUGUACAACUUAAUCUUAGUGAACAAAAAUCAUAUGUUUUAUGGUUUUAAUAAAUUUAUUAGCAAGCAAUCAAGCGCGUUUUAUAAUGUUUCUCAGAAUUGUUCUUCCCGUAAAAAAGCAUGAACAAAAUUAUAAACUAAUAUUAGUGUUACAUAAUUGAUAUUAGUAUAUAAAGUUUAAUUUAAAAUCUAACUCAAGUUAGCGUUUAGAAAUACAAAUCUGUCCAAGCCGCACAAAUGUUUUUAUGCUUAUAAUUUGAUUUUUAUUUAAAUACUAAGUUAUAACAUUUAAAGUUACGCAACACGUUUUAGAAUUUUUAAACUUAUUUCAUUUUAGUGUGAUUUUGUUGGUGUGUUAUUUACAUCGUAAAUAUUUACAUUGACUGGAGAUAUUGUGUAAAAGUCUGCAUAUCGUUGUAUCUAUUUUAGUGACAAAAAAAAAAUCAAACAUUUUCGUUGUUUUAAUAAACUUAUUUUAUUGUUA